UUGUUCGCCGAUUUUUAUUCGUUUGAUUUUUUUUUCUUUUUUUCUCUCUGUGAUAAUAAUAUUAAUUCUCCUUGAUAAUAUGAUGAUAAUGCUCUCUAGACACAUUCUCAGUAGAUUGUUUUAGUUCGUAAAAAGAAGAAGGAGGAGAAGAAGAAAAGAAAGAGAAGAAGAGAAGAAAAAAAGAAGGUAAUUCUCAUCUUCUUCUUUUCCCUCUUUUCUCCGAAUCUUCAUCACUUUCUCUCUCUGUGUGUGUUUACUGAAGUGCACUUGAAACUUGGAAGCAACAACAACGUUAACCAUCAACACAAUUUAUUAAUUAUUUUCGAUAAUCAACUAACCAAUAUGAUUAUCUUUCCAUACAAGUUAAUUCUUUACAAUCAAGUGCUGUUAAUUGUUACCUUUAAAGUGAAAUAAUCGCAAAGAAAAUUCAUCUUCAAUUUCCUUUAAUACUCUGUGAUUACCUAACCCAUUUUUUUUUAACCCGUUUGUUUGUUUCUCUCUCUCAUCCUAUUUGUUUCUCAUUCUGUUUAUCUUCCCAAUUUUCUGCUUAUUUCUUAAAAUCCACCAUCAUCAUCAUCAUCACCUUCACCAUCAUCUUCAUCUUCAUCAUCUAACAUUGAAUUUCGAAUGGAAUUAUUAUUCACCAGUGUAAUGUGUUCGUUAACUGUUGUUACAAUUUGGAUUUAAUUUCCAAUCUCUUCCUAUAUAAAAGCAAAGACACAAACAUCUAAUUGUUGAAUUGGAAUAUUGUUUUGUUUUUCUCCAAAUUAAUACUAAUCUUUAAUCUCUCAUCAGUUGCUGGUUAACUAACUUGAUUGUAUAAUAUAAUUGAAAGAAAAACUUUUCCUCUAAGUCAGUAAAUCAUUUGAUCUGUUUGAAAAAAAUUCAAAUUAUCGUUUUUACCAUCAAGUCUUUUGUUUACUUUUUGGAAUGGAAUUGACAUAAAGUGUUCUAAUCAUCAAAUUCUAAUUGAUCUGAUUGAUCUAAUUGUUUCUCUUUUUUUUGUUGUUUCUGCUCCAAUAUUUUAAUUUGUGCCUUGGUUUUUUCUUUCUUUCUCCUUCUAAUGUAUUAUAUCCACAGUCUGUACACUCAUACAACUCCAUCGUUGUUAAUUAAAACAACAACAUCAACAUUCAAUCAACCUAAACAAUUUCUUGAUCACCAAUCAGUUCCAUCUUCAUCAUCACCAUCAGCAUCUUCAUCAAUUGAAAAUUUAACCGAUUUAAACUAUUAACCAGACAAAUAAUGGCAACUCUAUUCUUCCCAUCAACCUUAACUGAAUUACUAUUACUCAUAAUCAUUAUUAUACCAAAAAAUGUCCUCUUAUAUAUACCAAGGUACCACAAUUCAACGGAGAAACAAAUUCUCGAUGAUCUUACCGCUCCACCCAAGUACGAUCAAUAUGUUCUGCCAACAGAAGCUCCAAUGACAGUUAAUGUUAGCGUUCUGAUGCUCUCAAUGUCAUCGCCCGAUGAAUCUAGUCUUAAAUAUGAGAUUGAAUUUCUCUUAUUCCAAGAUUGGAUUGAUCAUCGUCUCAUGUAUGAUGAUGGUGGACGUCAUAGACAUCUAAAUGCUCUUCGUCACCAUGAACACCUAUGGAGACCUGAUACAUAUUUCAUACUCCAUGGGGAGUUUAAAACUCACAAUGAAGCUGGACCCAUUAACAUGGCGUUCAAAGUUUUCCCUAACGGAACAGUACUUUAUAUAACAAGGCAAAAAAUGAUCAUUACAUGUGAAGGAGAUCUCAAUAUAUUUCCCUUUGAUAACCCUCGAUGCUUUUUCGCAGUGGAAAGCAUGUCUUAUGAAGCAGAUCAAUUAGAGUUCCGUUGGAAACCUGAACAUGAGAUUCCAAUUUUUAAUUCAAAUUCUUUUCGUUCAUUGAACGCAUAUCUAUCCAAAAAUGCUGCUGGACGAUGUCGCACUCAUCACUCGUGGCGAAGUGAAUUCUCAUGCUUAAGUGUAUAUUUAAUCUUCACCAGGGACAAGUUAUUUUAUUUGACUACCGUUUUUGUGCCUGGAAUGGUUUUAGUUACCAGUUCUUUUAUUAGUUUUUGGCUGGACGUUAAUGCGGUGCCAGCAAGAGUAAUGAUUGGAGUGACCACUAUGCUGAAUUUCUGUACAACAACAAAUAGUUUCCGAUCGUCACUCCCUGUUGUCUCAAAUUUAACAGCAAUGAACCUUUGGGAUGGGGUUUGUAUGUUUUUUAUUUACGCAUCAAUGAUUGAAUUUAUUGUGGUCAAUUAUUUACACCGGAAAAUUCAUCAAAAUCCAUUGAGACCUGAUUCAGCUGAUCGACCCAGUGAUACAUUUAGAGCAACAUUGGGAACCCAAAUAUCUAGUAAUGGAAGAAAAAUAGAUCCAACAUCUCAAGAGGUUUUAGCUCCCGGUGAAUUUGAGGUACGCGCUCCACUUGUUUCAGGGGAAGAUCCUUCAUCUGGAAUACCAUUGACCAAUGCUCGUCAUCAUGGUGGACUUCACCAUCGACCCUCAGCAGCUACAACUGGACUUGGACGAUGUCGAUCACCUGGAGCGUCAACAUUACCCACCGAUGAACGAAUCCGUGCAGCGGCCUCAGUUUUCGCAUGGCUUCGUCGACCCCACCUAUGGGACACCGCUGAAUUUUCAUCUUACGCUCGACUGGCUCGAUCCAUUGAUCAUAUUUCCAAGUUUGUUUUCCCCUUACUUUUUGGUAUAUUUUCACUUUCAUUCUUCAUCUACUUUGCAUGGUUUUCACCCUCUAAACUGGACAAUUGGGCUCACCAGGAAUAUCAUCCUUCUGAUGAUUGAUCAACGGAAAGAGAUGAAAUUAAAGUUAACCAUCGUAAAGAAAAACGAAACCAAUACAACAAAGCAAAGGAAAAGUGCAUUAAUAUUAAUAAAUGUCAUCAUCUCACAAAAUAAACAAAAUGGACACAGCAAAUACCAGUAUACACACACAAAUAUGUCAACAAGCAAAAACAAAACAAAAAAAAAUGCACAUUGAUGAAACCAAAUUGAAUCACUAAGACACACAAACUCAUAUUAUUAAUAAUAUUACAACGGAUAAAAAAACUCACUCAUUCAUUUUGGAUACAAGAAAUAUAAUGUUACUCAUGGAUUUAAAAAUAGAGUCAUGGAAGAGGUUGUCAGUUUCUAACAAAUGCCAAUGUUGUUGAUCAAGAUGAAAGGAUGAUGAGCAUGAAUAAGAUAAAGAAUUCAAAUUGUGUACUAACAUCAACAAGAAAACAACAACAUGGCUGCCAGAUAUUUUUCAUUAACCAGCAAACAACAUUUUCACCAUGAUAAAGUUUCUCGAUGAACCAACAACAACAAAUGAAUAAUCAACCUAAUCAUCAUCAUCAUGUAUAAUCAAUAACGACACCAACAAGUAGACAUAUAAAAGUUUUACAAGUGAGAAAAGCCAAUGGAUUAGAUUAACAAGAAUAAGAUUCAAGAUUUUCAAGAUUUACAAGGAAACAUUCAAGAGGAAAAAGAAAAUACAAUUUCAAAUGAGAUAGAGCAAAAGUCAUCAUCACCAUCAUUGCAAUCAUCAUCUUUGCACCAAUUGCAAUUGAAAUAAUCAUCACCCUGGUCCUGACCUAAUUAACUCCCAUGUUAAAAUUAUCCAUUGAUGCUCAUGCUACUCUUUCUUACUCUCUCCAAUCUCUCCUUGUCUUCCUCCCGAUCUUCCUCUUCUCUCUCUCUCCCCUUUCACUUACCUUGAUUUAAUUUUUUCCUCAUCUUCCCCACGACCUUUCUCCUUUUCCAUCAUCAUCAUCAUCAUCAUCAUGAAGCUAUUUUAAGCCUCAACGGAUAACGCCCUCAUCAUCAUUAUAAUCAUCAUAACAACUAUUUCAAUCUUAAAAGUUAUUAUCAAUUUUUUUUCGUGUCUCUUGUGUGUGCUUUGCCAUCUAAUUCAUUUACAAUCAAGCCUUGGCUUCAUCACAAUUAUAAUUAUACAAAUACACACCUUUCAUCUCCAAAUCAUCAUCUCCUCCUUCAAUUUCAUCAUCAUCAUCUAUUUAUAUUAAUUCAAGGAUAUUAAACAUUAUAACAUAAGAGGAAAACAAACCAACCUAAACAGAGACAAAAAAAAAUAAUGUGACAGUUACGAUUGUAAACAGAACCAGGGAUUGUUUUCUGUUUCAAGAAUUAUUAUCAUAAUUGUUAUGAGUUUAUAACGAUUAUCAUUAUUAUUAUUAUUAUUAUUAUUAUUAUUAUGAUAUUUGGAUUAAUAGAGGAAAGAUAUUAGUAGCACAGUAAGAAUCAAAAAUGGCCUUAAAAUAACAGUUCUAAUAAUAAUCAUACUCAUAAUAAUAAUAAUAAUGGUAAAAAGAUAUAAACAAAUGUCCAUUCACAUGUAUUGAUUUAUUUUACAUGAAUUAAUUGUUACCUUUUUCCCCUCUUCCCUGUUAAUUGUUAUUAAUUUACUAGGAAAUGUUUUCUCUUUAUGUAAUCAUCCUAAUUACCUCUGGUAUUAUUAUCAUUUUCACUGUUACCUUGAUUUUUGUUUUUUAUUUGUUACCUGGGAGUUACUUUAUUACUACUGUUAAAACCAUUACUGUUACUAAUUACAAUUGAUUUAAUUGUUACAAGGUUUAUCAAAUUGUAAAUGAUGAUUAUAACGGUGUGAUAAUAUUAAUAUUAUAUGAUGAUGAUAAUGAUGAGGAUGAUUUAAGUUAAUUAACUGAGAGUGUUGAUUAAAAUGAAGGGGAAAAAAAGUUUACAGAAAAUCGUAAUUGUAAAUAAUAUUGUUAAAUUAUCAUGAUAACUUUUAAUUGUUAAUUUUAUUAAUUAUUUGUACAGUCAAACAAAAAAAAAGGGUUACCCUUAUAAAUAUAUUAAUAGAUUAUGUUGAUUGAGUUUUAAAAAAGUUUGCUAAUUGUUAAUCUGUUAUCAUGAACUUUAAUCAAUUACUACUUGUUUAAUUGUUAAUUGUAUUAGUUACCUGGUUUGUUUUUAUAAUCAUCAUUAUCAUCAAUUAAUUAAUUCUGCCGUCAUCUUAAUCAUCAUCAAUGAAAAUCAUGAGCUUUUUAAUUAACAAACUGUUUUUCAAUUGUAAAUAUUAUUGAUUGAUCAACAUGGAGACUCCAUAGAGGAAAAGUGUAAAUGAUAAUUAAUUAAAAGAAAAGAGAAAGAUACUAAUUGUUGAUAUUAGUUUCUUAAUCAUCGAUCUCAUCAUCAUCAAUGUUCAUCUAGAUAAAUUGAUUUUCGCAAUCCUAAUCUUGUUAAUCACGAAAGAAAAUGAAACAAUUUAAAUCUUUUUCCUUCUUUUAUGUUUCUAUGCAGAGAUAUUUGAAAUUUAGUCUUUUUCUUGUUCAAUCAAAACUUUCCAAUGUCUUCAUCACUUUUAAUCAUCUCAAUUAACUUAAUUACAAUUCUAUGAGAUCACUUUUGUUUCCAAACAAUUAACAAUCACCAUCAACGAGAAAAAAAAACAAUACAACUACAAUUAAGUGUGAAUGAGAAGAUGAACCAAAAAUUCAAAUCUAACAAACAAUUGACUUAACAAUUAAUUUCUUUUCUUAAAUCAAUUUAAAUUGCGGACAAAAAAAACGAUUGAUUUAACAAUUGGAAACUUUAAUUAUCUUAAUUAAAUUCUAGAAGUUUAAAAAUUUAACAAAACCAAAAGAGAAAAACAAACAAACCGAAAAUCAACAAAAACUCUGUUACUUUAUUAUCGUUAACGAUUGUAAAUUUAAAUACAACAAUUAAAAAUGUUUUAAUUGAA